AUGCUCGUAGCCGUCUCUAUACUUGCCCUGUCACUGUCAUUCCUGGUCUACCAGCGCCCGCCCUCGACAUGGCUCGCCUUCCUUACUCGCCUCACACAGUCUGCUCCGCCUUCGAUACCUGAGAAGUCGCAGCAUGGCGAGACAGACGACAACCCCCCGGCUGCACACCAACGCAUAGAGCUGCACACCCCGACGACACAGGACGAUGUCGAGACUACCCCAAAAGCUGCUCCCGCAUCCGACCAAGAUGCGCCCGCCGUACCCACCUUCACGCUCAACGAGCAUGAGAGCUCCGACGAAGACGAAGAAGAUAACCUGCCACCGCCUUCCUUCCCGGCCAUGAACUCGGCACAGAGGGCCUCGAAGCCCCCUUCGCUAUCCACCAUGCCCCCACCGUCCGCUAUGCCUCCACCCAGCAAGCCGAACCUCAUGGCCCCGCCACAAAAACCCACAACCUCCCUCAUGCCACCCCCAAAAGUCGCAGCUUCAAACCUCCGUGCCCUUCCCAACACCUCCUCGCAGUCGAUGCGCGUACCCACAACCGGCCCUCUUCCGAACCGUGGCCCACUACCGAAUCGCGGUCCACCAACUUCAAACGGCAGCCUGGGGCUUCCACCCACUGCAGGCCCCACGCUCAAGACACCAAAUGCCAGAGGCAAGGUACUCCUGUCGCCAGGUCACUCUCCACUGGACUGGGCUUAUUUGCAAAAGUCAGGCAAGAACUUGUCGGGCGUUGAUUCGAUGAUACGCGUUACGCCUGCUAUGCUCAAAGAGAAGAAUGGACGCAAGGGUAAACCGGCUUGGUCAAGCUAUCAGGGCAAGGUAUACAACAUCUCGCCCUAUUUGCCCUUUCACCCUGGUGGGGAGGGUGAAUUGAGACGAGCAGCUGGCAAAGACGGGACCAAGCUAUUCAUGGAAGUUCACCCGUGGGUGAAUUGGGAGAAUAUGUUGGGUGAAUGUAUGGUGGGCAUCAUGGUUAGUGAGGAGCAAGCGCCGAGUGAUGCUGGCGGUCUCGAGGAUAUGGACUGA